GAUAACAGGCCCACGCCCUACUGAAAACUGAGAGGCCAGGCCCCCAACCUUUGUCAGGCCUGCCUGUGCUGUGUCUUAUCUGUUAUCGCCCACCAUGCGCCUUCCCAGCUUCCUCCUGCCUGCUAGCUAGCUCUUGCCCUCACCAAUCUGACCUUGACCCGAGCAGAUAACGAGUACUUAGGCAGGGAGUCCCAAUCCUGGCCACGUCCAGAAACGACAGCAUCAUGGUCUCUUGCAGACACAGACGAGACGGCAUACCAGUCGGCAAUUGUCCUCCUGCCCGCCCUCCUCGACUCCAAGGGACGAACACGACCAUGACCGUCUUUCUUGCGCGAGGCCAAGCUGUGUGGAGCUGCACGCUGGCACGCAGGCACGCAGGCAGAGUCAGGACAGCCCUCUGUUGCUUACCAAAUCCCGCCUCUUGAUUGACUGGCCAGAGACUCACGCAGGCUAGGUCAUGCACGCCUCAGGAGAUCAUCAAUACUCCAUACUUGGCCUCGUCAACCCCAGAUUUGCAAGACAGGCACCGGCAGUGGGCCUCCAAGGCGUGUGACCCCAGCAUAUCAUCCGAGCACCUCCAUCUUGACAAACCCUCCCACAACCAUGGCCUGAGGCCUGCGUGGGCUGAGGUCUGUAUCACCGGAGGCAGGUGACGUGUUUGGGAAUGCACUUCAUUUCGAGAGACAGACAUGGUGGUACCCGGUGGGGUUGCUUUUGCCGUCCCCUGACCUGCAACGCGACGCUGUCGCCCACGGGACUAGGGGACUACGGGACAGCUCCUCUGCCUCGCCUGCCUCGUUCGUCCCAUGUACUGGGCAUACCGAGACCCAGACCUUCCGUCGCAUCCAUCUCACCCAUCUCAUCUAUCUCAUCGCUGCCUACCUGGAACCGACGGCACGCAUGUCUCUCCCACAGCAUACCACUCCCGCUUGAACUCUCCGCGAGCAGUCUCGGCCGUCAUCAGAGGCCACUUCUUCCAACCCAAAAGACGCGUCAAAGACGUUUUGACCCAUCACCCCCCUCCAACCAUCUGCUACGCUGCCCGGAGGAACGUCCAAACCCCUGCUCACUUUUGCUCUAGUUCAGCGAAUUGCCAACCAACCUGCCGUGUAUCCUUGCUCCCAGGAACCGCCUUGGCUCUGCACGGCUCGAUUCCCCACAGAAGCUGCUCGAGAACCAAGAUGGGUUGGAUGGGCGCACUCGGACAUCUCUAGGACCCGGCCAGGGGCUCACUCGUUCAUUUCAAGACCAUGCCACGCCCAAAGUUUCCACAUCGGCCUGGGUUGGACAGAUGCCGUCGUUAUUAUGGAAACCUCCUGGCCCCUGUUGUCUGCGCGUUACCGCGACUCUUGACUCUCAAAACCCCUCACUACUCAUCAUCAUGCAGCAUCUCGCACGUACGUUUGCCCAAAGCAACAUGCCAAUUUAAGCCAGCAGUGCCUAGUCUCGGCAACGGGCGCCUCCACACUCCCCAACCGGUGCCGAUCUCCCAUGAUCACACUGGACGGUUGCAUUGGAGCCGGGGCUUGUUCUACUAGUUAAACAUCACGACAAAUGCCUUGCAGCACCCACAUCCGCUGCAUAUGCUUGGCCGACUCGCCCGCACAAUCUCCAAGUCUUUCUGGGUCUAUCUGACAACCACCGUGCUAGUGCUCAUCACCUGGCGAGCCCACGGUACCAUUCAACGCUCGUGACGAGGUGGGAGUGUGCCAUCCCGCAAGGCUCGCCAGGGCACAGUCAAUGUUGCGGCUGUCCCAGCGUCAAAGCUCCUUCGACUUCUCUCUGAUCCUUGGAAGGCUUGAUGCCCAAGGCUCAUUGGCCGGUCCUGAGCGUGUACUUAUUUCAACCAUCCUCUGUACAUGUCGUUAGGAUGCCCCCUGACCGCCUACAGGCAACCUGGUAACGCGUGCCCUCCUUGGUCCUGCAAGUGCACAGGGCUAGAGCCGAGCCCGGGGACAUUAGAGAACAAGGUUCAUGGUGCCUGUUCGCCCAUACGGCAUCCGUACAUGCAGUCUAAUUAAGUUUCUCGUGCUUGGGAUCUGCAUACUCCCUGAACAAAGAUUCCGGAUUUAAAAGUCGUUAACAAUCCCAUGAAUACGGCCAGCGUUGCGGUGCUUCGCUCUUCUCUUCUCAGCGCUGCCUCUCAUUGACUUGGUAGUCUCCCCUCGUUGCUGGUCUCUACUAGUCAGUCAUUGUGUCUGUCUGUUUCGCCAUGCAUUCCCUAGACUGUAUUCUCGCCGUGUUGGCGACGGCGUCCCAGGUAGCUGCGGUCCCUCGCGUCUCCCAAGUUCGUGCUAGCCCGGUUCAGAGGUACCUUGGCCCGCCAACGUCAUAUGUUUACAAUCAAACGCGCGCCGAUGCUGUGAAGCAGACAUUCCAGAUCUCCUGGGACGGGUAUUACAAAUAUGCCUUCCCUGGUGACUCUUUGCUGCCUGUCUCGAACUCGUUCGCGAACGAUCGCAAUGGAUGGGGUGCAAGCGCCAUUGAUGCGCUCAGUACUGCACUGAUUCAGGGCAAUACAGAGGUCGUCAACCAGAUCCUGGAUUUUGUUCCGACCAUCGACUUCAGCGUCAGCUUCAACGACACUGAGGUGUCUCUGUUUGAGACGACUAUUCGGUAUCUUGGUGGUCUUCUAUCUGGCUAUGACCUCCUCAAGGGGCCAUACUCAACCUUCGUCAACGACUCGAGCAAAGUUGAGCCUCUGUUGGAGCAGGCCAAGAAGCUGGCUGAUAACCUCAAGUUCACCUUUGACACGCCUACCGGCAUCCCGGACAACAGCGUCUUCCUUGACCCUCCCAGAAUUGGCAAUUCGACCUCCAACGGUGUUGCUACCACCGGCACCCUUAUUCUGGAAUGGCAGCGACUUUCAGACCUGACGGGUGACCCCUCGUAUGGCGAGCUCGUCAAGAAGGCAGAGUCGUACCUGAUCAACCCGCUGAACCCGGAGCUGGGUGAGCCGUUCCCUGGGCUCAUUGGCACCGAUAUUUCGAUCAGCAACGGCUCGUUUCUGGACUCGAGGGGAGGCUGGACCGGAGGUACCGACAGCUACUACGAGUACCUGAUCAAGAUGUACUUGUACGACCCGGAAACAUUUGAGGAGUACAAGGACAAAUGGGUCGAGGCCGUGGACAGCAGCAUCGAGUACCUGGCGAGCCACCCGACCAGUAGGCCCGACCUCACCUUUUUGAGCUACUACCGUAACAACACCGAGACAGGCAUUGUCUACCUUUCGCAGCAUCUCGCUUGCUUCGACGGCGGCAACUUCAUCCUCGGCGGGCUGACGCUCGACGAGCCGUCAUACAUCGACUUUGGCCUGGAGCUCGUGGCGGGCUGCCGCGACACGUACACGCAGACGGCAACCAAGAUCGGUCCCGAGGUGUUCCGGUGGCUGGGUGAGAACUCACCGCCCAAUGCGACCGUGCCGGCGGGCGACGAGGCCUUUUACGAGCGUGCGGGCUACUGGAUCGACAGUGCCAACUACGUCCUGCGGCCCGAGGUCAUAGAGAGCUACUACUACGCGUACCGCGCCACCGGCGACACCAAGUACCAGGACUGGGCGUGGGAGGCGUACCUCGCCAUCAACGAGACGUGCCGCGCCGGCAGUGGGUACAGCGCCAUCAACGACGUCAACGCUCCCGGCGGUGGUGGCUUCUCCGACUUCCAGGAGAGCUUCUGGUUCGCCGAGGUGCUCAAGUAUAGCUACUUGAUUCAUGCUGAGGAUGCUCCGUUCCAGGUCAAGGCGGACCACACGAAUGAGUAUGUUUUCAACACGGAGGCUCAUCCUGUGCGGAUCCCUGGCGGGGAGCAGACGGCGCGCUAGACUUUUCCAGCGGCGGGGAUAUAUGUCUUGCACCACCAUUUCUAAUUCAUAUGCAUGCAUACAUACACAUGUGAGAGGGUAUACAUAUUUGCAUAGAUGGAUGUAUGUGUAGAUGCUACUGUCUAAUUUACUGAUUCACAAG